AAGACGAUCUGCUGUGAUGCACAUUCUCAUCUUCAGCUUAAAACUCUUCUAGCUUUCCUAUGUGCAAUAGCUUAUUUUUUUAAAAGAAAACUCAAGAUUUGAGUAGAUCGAUUUUGGACUUUUCAAAGUGAGCACGGAAUCAGUUCUUCAGGAUGUGGUUGCUGAUAUUUUUGGUGUGCGUCCUGAUUUGGGCUGCUGGAACAUACUGGUACCUGUUCAGCAAGCCGAGUCCAUUUUCAGUGCAGUCAGUGAGACCUCCAGGACCUUUGGAGCUGGACCAGAGAAAGAGAGACAAAGUGCUGAAACAAGGAUUUACCAAGGAGAAGAUUCCAAAGGAUCUUGAUGCAAUUAUAAUUGGCAGUGGGAUCGGAGGAAUGACGGCAGCAGCCACAAUGGCCAAAGCUGGGAAGAAAGUCCUGGUGCUGGAGCAGCACGACGUGGCAGGAGGCUGCUGUCAUACUUUCACUGAGAAGGGUUUUGAGUUUGACGUGGGACUUCACUACUUCGGUCAGCUGCAUGAAAACGGUCUGCUUAAGAUCGCUUUUGACCAAAUCACUGAGGGUCAGCUGGAGUUUGUGGAGCUAAAGCAGCAUUUUGACAGUAUUACAAUUGGCGACAAUGAGGAACGGAGAGACUACGCCAUCUUGAGUGGCAAGACUGAUAUGGAGCGGAACCUGAAGAAGCAGUUUCCUGAUGAUGCCGAAGCUGUGGAGGAGUUCUUUAGGAUUAUGAAGGUCACAGCCAGACAUGUUGCUCUUUUAGGCAUCCUAAAGCUGAUUCCAAAAUGGCUGGCUCUCUUUCUGCUCAAAAGUGGCAUCGCUGACUUCUUCUCAUCCAUCUUUCGUCUCUCAGAAUCCAAUGCCACGGAGGUGAACAACAGACUGACAAGCAACAAGGAUUUGCACUUGGUCUUCUCAUAUUUCUUCUAUGGUGUGCCUCCUAAAGAUUCCAGCUGUAUGAUCAACGCUCUGAUGCUGCACCACUUCAAGCGUGGCGCAUACUACCCUAAAGGGGGCGCCAGUGAGAUCCCAUUCCACAUCACUAAAGUCAUACAGAAAUAUGGGGGCAGUGUGCUGGUCCGCGCCCCUGUCAGCCGUAUCCUGGUGGAUAAGAAAGGAGCUGCAUAUGGAGUGACCGUGAGGAAAGGUGAUGAGCACGUGGAAGUGCGAGCUCCUAUUAUCAUUUCCAACUGUGGGAUUUUCAACACCUUCCAGAAGCUCUUGCCUCCGGAAAUACAAGUCAAACCAGAGAUUCAGAGUCGGCUGGAUAUGUUUAGGCCCGGUAAAGCCUCGUUCCUCCUGUUCUCAGGGUUUGAUGCGACAGAAGAAGAGUUAGACAUCGUGUCCACCAGCAUCUGGCUCUUCAAAUCAAACGACAUGGAUGGCAUGAUGGAUGAGUUCUUCGGUAUGAGUAAAGACGAGGCACCAGAGAACAUUCCCAUGAUGCUCCUCACUUUCCCCUCAGCCAAAGACCCCACAUCAAAGAUCCGUCACCCAGGCAAGUCAUGUAUGACCAUCCUGACCAUGGUUAAUUAUGAAUGGUUUGAAGAGUGGAAGGACACUAGAGUGAGGAAAAGAGGCGACGAUUAUUUUAACUACAAGAUGAGAUUUGCCAACCAUCUCUUUGACUGGGCCUGCAAACACUUCCCAAAACUCAGAGAAAAGCUGGUGUAUCAGGAAGCAGCCACUCCUCUGACGAACACGCACUACCUCAGCUGUAACCGAGGGGCCAUAUACUCUGCUGAUCACAACUUGGGCCGCUUCUAUUCAGAGGCCAUGGCUCGAAAUCGAUGUGACACUCCCGUCAAAAACCUUUAUUUGUCAGGUCAGGACAUGUUCAGCUGUGGUAUCGCUGGUGCAUUGCAUGGUGGUCUUCUCUGUGCCUCAACUGCCCUAAACUACCCUGUGUACAUUGACCUCAUGCUUGUCAAGAAAAAGCUCAAGUGGAAGAAAGCAAAGGAGACAGCAAAACUGGCUAAGCAGAAGAAGCAGUGAUGAAGCUGUGCUGCACAGGAAAUGUUAAUGAUGCCUUCAAGUCAUGUCAGAGAGAUCAUAUUUACGAGUUGAAUGCACAUGAAUAUGUAAAUAUGAGUGGGAAGCUCUGGAUUUUCUUUAAGACCAUAAGAGUUUAUGAGUUUAUGAGUGCGUGUCAGUGAGAAAUGUGGUGGAAUACAAAAAUACUUAUGCCCUAUAAGUUUUUUACCAGCACAAGUUAGCUUGCUUUGUUGUAAAUAAAAAAAAAAAAAGCCUGCACAAAAAUAUAAUGGCAUUGUAAUAUAACAAUAUAAUAUGUAACGAUAAAAUGUACAGUGGCUUAAUAAAGUAAUUAAAAACAUACAAUUAAUUAAUUAAAUUAACAUUAAUUAAUUAAUUAAAAGCAAAACACAUCUGAUGCACAUUCUUUGUUCUUCAUUUUCUAGAAGUAGAGUUUAAGCUGUAUUUUUGUGUAGUUAAUUAAGAGAAGGUACACCGCCAUCUUUCUCAUCUGACGUCGUAAACACGACUUCCCAACUCGUAAAUAUGAACUUCCCAGGAGGACUUGAACACACCAUAUAAUUAAAUUGUAAUUAAAAACAAAUACAUUUUUAUACAGAAACAGAAGAAAUAUUUAUAAAAAUGGAAGAUUAGCUCUUAAUUGUUACUCUGCGGUUAGUAUACUUAAACCCAUUAUCAGUUAAAGAUUUUAAUAUUAUAUAUAAACCUAUAACAUUGCCUUUUGACAUAUAAGAUAUUAAAUAAUUAUAUAUAAUAGCAAUAAAUUCAGAGAAAAUAUUUAAUAUAUUUUUUUUAUUUGACAUAAAUUGCUACAAUAUAGAGUGCUGAUUUAUUUUUGUAGGCCAGCCUGUAAGUGGCCACCAUAAAGCUUACCUCAACUCUUUCAGACUUUAUAUUCAAAACAUUUUCUCUGAAAGUUUGAGUUAGAAUAGUUUGCGAGAGCAUGAUUAUUAACACAAUGAGGCUGUGAAAGCGAUUAGUAAGUAGAUGAGUUUACCUAUUAAUAUUUAAUGUCCCGACAACCUCUGUAGUCCUAUUUAGACACUUGCUAGAAACCUCCUUUUUCAAGACAAAAGCUUAAAAAAAAUGAUAAGAAGGUACUGAUGUAUUUUAUGUUGUAGAAUAAAACAUGAACAUAUCUUUUUCAUGUUUUAUUUCAGGCAUUUAACCAAAAUCCCAUUCAAAAAAAACAUUGACUUUUGGAAGUUGGAACAGGACAUGCUAAAAUGCACAAGUUUUGGCCUACAAAAAAAAUACGUAAUUCGUACAGCACAGGUUAAGAGCUCAAUGCAAUAAAAAAAUAAGGCUUAAACUGUCAAAGGAGCUUUAAAAAGCAUUAGGAUACAUUCUGAAAUGCAUAAGAUUUGUAAAACUAAGUACAGGUAACAACAUCAACGCAUUACCUGGUUUUCAGCCAGACCUCCCACCUUUAUGCUCUUCUAACCCAGGCUUGAUCCCCAUGGAUAUUUGUGCACUAGCAGGAAUCAAAGGAAUUGUGGGAAACCCCAGACUUCCUGAUUUAAGUGGACAUUUCCCCUGGGAUUCCCUUACAGAUUGGUUGGCAUAACACUGCCCCUGACGGACGUGUGUUUGGGACGGGGGGACGAUAUGAAUGGCCUCUCUGUGAUUCAGAGUCUGAGUCCAAAUAACGGCUCUACUCCUCUACGCCUGGGUUGAUAUUCCCAUUAAAUAAAUCCAGAAAGGCUUACAAAGCCUUCUAUGCUAGUCAGAUUCAUAAAAAUGAGAAAUAAAAAUAAAGCUCUUGUUAAGGUUGAUUUUUCAGAGCUGAAAACAUGCAUUUAUCUUUUAUACAAAUAUCAUUAAAAGCCUAUUAAUAAAAUGAAGUACUCCCCUUGUCUUCCAACUAAGAAUUAUGAAAAUGUUUCAGGACUUGGAUUACAAAUUUUGAAAGAGUCCAGAAUAAAUAGAAAUGAACUUGUAUAAGAUGCAGGGGAAAUGAGUUUGUUUGAACAAAACCCAAAAACACUUAAGAGAACCAAAACAUAGUAGGAGUCAGAUGAGUGAAAUGGAUUCGUAAUCUCACCGCAUUUCAUGGAUGAUUACAACUGGACAGGAGUCUGUAUCAGGCCAAGGGAAUGCAGUCAUGUACAUUAAAACAUAUAGAAUGCAACACGAAAUGGGAGCAAAAGAAAAACACAAAAUUGAAUGCUUUUGCUGUGACUCCUGCAGUAUUAGAUUUGAUUUCCAAAUCAUUCCAGUAGGGAAUGCUGGGGGGAAAUCAUCACUUGAAGAUGUGGUACUUUUUCUUCAAGAACCAAACACUUUCAUAAGAUUUAGGUGAUUGAUUAUAUAUGGUGUGUCAGGUUUUGCUUAAUUCUGCAGUUUAAUAUUGGAAUUUUUUAAAAGAAAUAUCAUAUUCAAAUGUAAGUAUCAACUAUGAUCAUCAGGCUUUUGAGGAAGGUUUAUUUGUUCAUCUCUCAAUCAUCAUUGUAUAUGUUUUAAAACUACAGAGCUUUGAUAAUAAAACUAAGCAUUUAAAUA